UAAAUGUGACGUCAAAACCCUGCAGAACAAUGAUUGGUCAGAGAGAAUCGUCACUACCAGUGUCACUGGAUUUGUGGUACGGGACAUCAACCUGCUAGUUUUAAAGUUAGCGACAGCAAUAUCAUUUGUAAACGCGACUUUCGAAUUGUAAAAAGAAAUGGCUGUGUGCAAAACCACGCCGUGGUCUGUAAACGAGGUGCAGAUGUUCCUCUCGUUAGCGACAAACGAAAUGACACGAAACGAAAAAGUCUUUCAGGAAGUGUCUCAGCUGUUGGCCGCACACGGCUACCAACAGUGUAGGGAAAAGUUAAAAAAACUAAAAAAUGACUACAGAACCAUCAAGGACCACAACAGCCAGAGUGGUUCAGACAGAAGGAAGUGGAAGUGGUUCGACCAAAUGGAUGCUAUCUAUGGCAAUAGACCGUCGAGCAAUGGGAGGGAGAGUGCCCUGGAAUCGGCGUUGUUGGAGUCCACGAUGGACGAUGGGAGUCCCUCCAAAGCUGUGUCCACCAUGUCCCUCUCUGUGCGCCCCUCGCGCAGGGUCGUCGCCAGAUCCAUCACUAGGAGCCAGUCCUUCGCCGGAGUCAACUCCUACGAUAAGUCCUACAGGAACAUCUCUGUGUUCAGCAUCCCCGUGUGUGUGAGGAAGACUCCCUCCAGAGCAAGCAGGAUGUUCACACUCUCCACUAAAUCACCUCCUCCAAAGGUGCCCCAGCCUGAGAGGCUGGACGAGGUGUAUGAGGCUCUGAAGAGAGGACUGCAAUCUUACCUGCAGGUCCAUCAGAUGGAGCUGGACAGUCUGAAUAGACAAAUGAAAGAAUCCAAGAGAAACUCUCGCUUGGGCUUUCUGUAUGAACUUGACAAGCAAGUGAAAGUGAUUGAGAGAUUUAUGAGACGGCUGGAGUUUCAUCUCAGUAAGAUCGAUGAACUCUACGAGGCCUACUGUAUGCAGCGGAGACUGAGAGAUGGAGCCAAUAAGAUGGUGAAGGCUUACACGGCCUCUCCAAGCAGCAGAGAGGCCAGAGAGAGUCUGUCUGAAGCCAACAAGAGCUUCAAAGAGUACACAGAGAAUAUGUGCAUGCUAGAGAGUGAGCUUGAGAACCAGUUGGGAGAGUUCCAUGUCAAAAUGAAGGGCCUGGCGGGUUUUGCACGACUUUGUGCAGGAGAUCAGUAUGAGAUAUUUAUGAAGUAUGGUCGCCAGCGGUGGAAGCUGCGAGGUCGGAUUGAGAUCAAUGGCAAGCAAGUGUGGGACAGUGAGGAGAUGGUCUUCCUCCCCCUCAUCACAGAGUUCCUCUCUAUAAAGGUGACGGAGCUGAAGAGUCUGGCCAAUCAUGUGGUGGUGGGGAGUGUCUCGUGUGAGACGAAGGACCUGUUUGCUGCCUUGCCCCAAACUGUGGCUGUGGAUAUCAAUGACUUGGGCACCAUCAAACUCAGUCUAGAGGUGUCAUGGAAUCCAUUUGACAAAGAUGAUCAGUCGUCUUCAGCUAGCACCGUGAACAAAGCUCCUUCUGUCAACAAACGCUUCUCCACGUACAACCAGAGUCCUCCAGACACGCCGUCUCUGCGGGAACAGGCCUUCUAUACAGCUCCACGGAGCAUGAUGUCCAAACAGCGCUGGUCCUUAGUGGACGUGUUCCGAGACACGCUGACAGAGAAACUGACUCAGAGCUGCUCAUGCAGCGAUGUCACUUCAGUCCGCCUGUGGUCCUCUCUGCCCUCCAACCAUAACAUGUUGAAGAGACAGGAAGAGAUGGAGAAUGGAACAGCAUGGUCAAAUUCCUCGGAAUCCUCAGACGAUUCAUCCAGUCCCCAGCUUUCCUUGGGAAUGCGUCACGCACAUAAAAACUUAGUCCAGCCUGAGGUACAAACUACUCCUCCUGCCAUUGAAAUCUCUUUUGCCCCCCGCGACUCAGCGACCUCUACUCCCACCCGCCUGACCAAUCAGAAAGAAGAGGAUGAGGAGGAAGAAGAGGAGGCAAAUCUCAAGAAACCAGCAGCAAAAAUAAUCACUGAGUCCCCUUUGAAACAGGAGGUGCCCAAUGGCCAUCCCCGAUAUUCUCGCUCUCUUAGCCACAUCAGCGAGAACAGUGUAGAUGGUGUUUUGACUGAUAGAUUGACUGGGGAGUCCUUGGAGACCACUGAAGUGACUUCAAUGGUCUCUUCGAUAUCAGUAAGUGACUUAGAUAAGCCCCACAGAGCAGAAACCUGUUUUGUCGUACCAGAGACUCAAGAGAUCUGCCCUGUUCCCGACCCAGCCAUCUGUGAACCAACCUGCACAGCUGAGCCACUGAUCUGUCCAGAAAGGAGCUCCUGCAAGGAGCAGCAGGGACUUCCUGCUGUAACCACAGCCUGUGACUCAUCUGAAAAAGCUAACAAAGAGCUCCGGUCUAGGCCAAGCUCUGUCUCCUAUACCUGUGGUGAGAAAUACUCUUCCCCCAGUGCUAUUGUCUUGUCCCAUCAGUUGAAAGCAUCUAGAACUGAUUUCUCAGCACAGAGCCAUGAGUCAUGCCUCACAAAGACACAAACAGACAAUCUGCUAGCUGAGAAGUCUGGUUCUUUGGUAGAGACAAGACCUACGGAUGAUUAUGAGGCACAAUCAGCAGACAGCAGUGUGGAGGAAGCCCUUAGUGCAGUUAUGUCCUCUCUUGAUGACUGCAGAGGCCAGUUCCCAGAGCUGCAGGUCUUGGAGCAAGAGCUGAAAUUGUUGGAAGAAGCACUUACAGUACGGAAUCGCAGUCGUUCGUCAAGUGUCAGUUUGACAGUUGAGACUGCUCUUGGAAGCUUUGACUUCCUCAAUACAUCAGACCUGGAGGAGGAAGAAGAUGAGGAGGAUGGAGAGAGACAGAGUGUGACAGACAGAGCUGCAGAGCGGCCAGCGGCUGUGGAGAGCGCAGGGGAGGACGAGGGUUGUGAAGCAAGAUGUUGGGACACUCAGUCUGGUCCUCUCAGCACAGGGUGCCCGGCUCUAGAUCACACCCUGCUGGUUCAUCUGAAGAACUGCAGCUCACAGCUACUGAGGUUAGGGACAUUCGGGCCUCUGCGCUGUGGGGAGAUGUAUGCUCUGGACCAUCUCCUCAGGGAGGCUCGAGUUCUCGAGCUAAUUCGAUGGGUUGUCAAGGACUCGAGGGGCGGAGUCAGUCAACCAGAGGAGGUUGUUCCUCAAUUAGAUCAGUGCCAAGGGGCUGUGUUACUAUGGCGGCAGUGCACGGAUGGCUGCAGUGUGUACAGCACCUCCACAGAUGCUUUCUUGCAGGCGCUCAGCAAUGCUUAUGCCAGCAAACUCCCAGAGAGAGGAGCCGGCUUUGCAGACACAGUGUUCCUGCGUCUGGUGGAGCGUGUCCUGGAGAAAAAGCUGCCCAGGCGUAGUGGAGGUGCGGCCAAAGAGAUGCUCACACUCUUCCAGUUUUGGAGCUAUUUGGAAGCAGAGGGAGUGAAUGAACUGGACACACACAUUACUGAGCUUGCCGAAGAAGUGUGGCUAGUUCAGUGCUUGCAGUCUGGAGACCAGGAUGUUCUGGUAAAGUCUCUGAAGAAGCCUCCAGAAUGCAGUCUGAAGAGGGAGGGCUUGCGGGCAGUCAGUCUGCUGCUGAGGGAUGCAAGGGGGAAAGUGUGCAGUGCAGCCAGCUCUCUGCUGCGGAGUCUAGCUGACCAAACCCGCCACAGGGAGAGGGCGCUUGUGAGCUGUCUAGAACUACUGGAGGAUGAGAGCAUUGAGACGCGAGUUUGUGGAUGUAAAGCACUCGCUUGUCUGAAGGCCAAAGAAAGCAUUGAGCAGCUGGUGUAUCUGUGCCGGUCAGAUAUGGAGGAUGUGAGGGAUGCUGCCAAACAAGCUCUCCUUGUGCUAGGUGAGGAGGGAAAGAUGGCCCAUCGACACGUUGAGUCCUCACAAGAUGGAAUGUCUCGCCUUUUUGCACCUGGCAGUAUGGCCAGCACCGCCUUCUAACACAAUCAACUGAUACUCAUCGAAAACAAUGUACUCAUGUCUCAGUAUAUUCACCUACAUGAUCAUGCCAUUUAUAAACUAUUAAUUGCACACUAUUAAAAACUAUCCAGUGUACACUAUACAGAUGUAUAAGUGCAAAUCAGUAUCCUUGAAGACAUGGUAUGAAUACAAUCAUUGGACAAGAGGACUUGUUUGUCAUUCUGUAUGUUAUGAAUAUUUUGGAUAUGGCCUAAGAUAAACUACUGUAAAGUAAUAUAGUAAGAUACAUAGAGAGAGAGUGGGGUGUGAGUGGGUUUAUUAAAUGGAUAGUUCACCCAAAUAUGAAAAUUCUGUCAUCAUUUACUCACCCUCAUGCCAUCACAGAUGUGUAUGACUUUCUUCUGCAGAACACAAACAAAGGUUUUUAUAAGAAUAUCUCCACUCUGUAGGUCCAUACAAUACAAGUAAAUGGUGACCAGAACUCUGAAGGUCUAUAAAGCACAAAAAGGCCCCAUAGAAGUAAUCCAUAAGACCACAGUGGUUUUAUCCAAUUGUUCAUUAAGUGAUAUGAGUGUGGGUGAAAAAUAGAUCAAUAUUUAAGUCCUUUUUUACUAUAAAUCUCCACUGCCACAUUCUUUUUUUGUGUGUGUGUGAGAUUCGCAUUCUUCGUGCAUAUUGCCACCUACUGGUUGGAGCUGGUUAAAGAGGGAGAUUUAUAGUAAAAGAAGGACUUAAAGAUUGAUCCGUUUCUCACCCACACCUCUCAUUUCACUUAUUAAGAUAUAGAUUUAUCCACUGGAGUCAUAUGGAUUACUUUUAUGCUGCCUUUAUGUGCUUUUUUAUCUACAAAGUUUUGGUCACCAUUCACUUGCAUUGAAUGGACCAUCAGAGCUGAGAUAUUUUUCUAAAAAUCUUCUUUUGUGUUCUGCUGAAAAAGUCCAUACACAUCUGGGAUGGUAUGAAAGUGAGUAAAUGAUGAGAGAAUUUUCAUUUUUGGGUGAACUAGUUUAAGAAUGCUUUGCUGCCUUAUGAUUUGGCCCAAUGGUGUUGCCUUUACGAUUCAUGAAAGCUGGACCCUGAUCAGCAGUACAAGUGGUGACUGUGCUGAUAGUGAUUGGAGAUAGUGUUAUUUUCACUUUAUUGAUGCAAGUAGGCAGCGACUACCUGCAGAGUAUAUAGAGAGCCUAGUUGUACACUUUGUCAAGAGUGUUUGUGUGUGUGUACAUAUUAAUUGGAGAAUGAAUGUUGGUAUUUUAAUAGGGACCUUGUUGCCAUUAAAAGUGUAACAGUGUCAUCAUUCCAUACUGUCAGAUGCUUUAUUGACACACAAUAUAUCUAUAGCCCAUCGGAAGUGUAAAUGUUUUGUGUUGUAAUUUAGUUUAAAUGUUUAAGUACUCGAUAACAAAUGCAGAUUUGUUUUUAUUCACCAUGCACUUCCCAAGAUUUAAGCCACUGGCAAUGUAAAAUCUGCUGUAAAGGUGGUGAGAAGCUGUUAUUUUUAUCAUUAUUUUGAUUGAAAGAUGUAAACUGUGGUGAAUACUGCCUUUUGCAAAAGGUUCAGACAGCCUCUCCAUGCAUGUGAUUUCUAGACUGCUUGACUCUGAGCAUUUUUUCCAGUGCUGCUAGUCAAAGCGUCUGAUCUGAAACCAGAGAGGGUUCAUUUUGUGUCGCAUUGUUUUCCUCGCUGAAUUUGUUCCAGGCUUCAUUAUGGACAAAGAACGCCUCUACAGUGUAUAAGUGCCUCAAAUUAGUAUAGGGAGCAUGAGAAUGAGAUACUUUAUUUAAAACUCAAGAUUGCAGUUUAGGAUUACAAACUGCAGAACAGAUUUAAAUAUAUAUUUUUCAUUAUUACUUACAGGUUGUGCAGCAUUAAAGAAGUGAUCUACUUUUGCUUUUUUUUUUUUUUUCCCCCCCUUCUCUUAAAUAUGUAUAUUGUCUGACAAGGAUAUUGCUGACAUCAACUGUAAACUAUUAAAAUUAUGAACACUAAAA